AUGUUCAAGCACAACGUUGAUGUUCAAGGUAAUAGGACAUUGAAUCAAGCACAACGUGAUGUUCAAGGUAAUAGGACAUUGAAUCAAGCACAACGUGAUGUUCAAGGUAAUAGGACAUUGAAUCAAGCACAACGUGAUGUUCAAGGUAAUAGGACAUUGAAACAAGCACAACUCCAUGUUCAAGGUAAUAGGACAUUGAAACAAGCACAAUGUGAUGUUCAAGGUAAUAGGACAUUGAAACAAGCACAAUGUGAUGUUCAAGGUAAUAGGACAUUGAAACAAGCACAAUGUGAUGUUCAAGGUAAUAGGACAUUGAAACAAGCACAAUGUGAUGUUCAAGGUAAUAGGACAUUGAAACAAGCACAAUGUGAUGUUCAAGGUAAUAGGACAUUGAAACAAGCACAAUGUGAUGUUCAAGGUAAUAGGACAUUGAAACAAGCACAAUGUGAUGUUCAAGGUAAUAGGACAUUGAAACAAGCACAAUGUGAUGUUCAAGGUAAUAGGACAUUGAAACAAGCACAAUGUGAUGUUCAAGGUAAUAGGACAUUGAAACAAGCACAAUGUGAUGUUCAAGGUAAUAGGACAUUGAAACAAGCACAAUGUGAUGUUCAAGGUAAUAGGACAUUGAAACAAGCACAAUGUGAUGUUCAAGGUAAUAGGACAUUGAAACAAGCACAAUGUGAUGUUCAAGGUAAUAGGACAUUGAAACAAGCACAAUGUGAUGUUCAAGGUAAUAGGACAUUGAAACAAGCACAAUGUGAUGUUCAAGGUAAUAGGACAUUGAAACAAGCACAAUGUGAUGUUCAAGGUAAUAGGACAUUGAAACAAGCACAAUGUGAUGUUCAAGGUAAUAGGACAUUGAAACAAGCACAAUGUGAUGUUCAAGGUAAUAGGACAUUGAAACAAGCACAAUGUGAUGUUCAAGACAUUACAACCACUAUACUAUAAAAUCAAGACAACAAGACCACUCUCCAUUCAAGGAUUGGACAUUAGAACAACAAUCAUUGACUACAAUUAUAACCGCAACGCUCCUGCCUCUCCAAAGUCAAACCAACGUGACUUCCCCUGCUCUGAACUUCACCAUAUAUUGGAGAGUAUGCCAGAACUUGAUGGAGGCCUAACUUGCAAUAUGGCUAACUUGAGAUAUGCUUUUGAGUAAAACCAUGCAUUGAAGUCAAUUGGAGACUUGCGCAACAUUUGAUUUACGCGCAGAGAUUUUUCAGUUAGCAUUCCACCCAUAGAUGGUGUUCUGUUGUUUGUGUCCAUAAAUCGUGGUUAUGUGGAGAAACCUGCAGUUUGUCAUUCCCCAUCCCCUGUCUCUCUGUCUUUCCUGUGAACACGCUGCAAAACAAGUUGUGAAAGUGGAGAGAAUUGUGCUGUGUGCAGGUGUUUCAACGACCUUCAGUGUAUUUACUUUGGUUUGAUGGAUCCUUUUCCAGAUCCCAUUUUAUGGAAUUAUAUCAAGAAACAUAUGAAAUAUGUAAAUAAAACAAAUAAAACAUCUUCUGUAAAAAACUCGCAAAGAAAUUAUGUAAUAAUUUAUCUUCAAUCAGAAUGUCAGACGAACAAAGUGUAUCAUUGUGAAAGAAAUGUGCGAUAUUUAAGCUUCAAAAAUAAUAAAUGUACAAUAUUUUCAGAAAGAACUAUGCUGAUGCAAACUUCACUGAAAUAAAUUUCCUAGGAGAUGUCCUAAA